AUGAAUAUUAUCCCACUACCGAAUGCCAUUCGUCCUCUAGUUCCUCUAGUUCAUGCCACUCUAGUAAGCAUUCAACCUCCAGCGUAUGCAAAAAACCACACAUCAAGCCUCACAAGCACCACAAGACUGUUUGUGAGACCGUCUACACUACCACGACCCUACCAGCAACUGUGUACAGCACGUGCACCGUUGAUGUGGAUAUCACCAAAACCGUUCCAGUCAUCGUAUACACUACAUGCACCGAACCAACCACCGUGUAUAGUACCUGCACCAAGGAUACCACCGUGUUCAGCACCUGCACCAAGACCGUUGAUGCUGAUGUCACCACAACUGUUCCAGUCACUGUAUACACUACCUGCACCAAGCCAACCACCGUGUUCAGUACCUGCACCAAGGAUACCACCGUGUUCAGUACCUGCACCAAGGAUACCACCGUAUACAGCACCUGCACCAAGACCGUUGAUGCUGAUGUCACCACAACCGUUCCAGUCACCGUAUAUACUACGUGCACCGAGCCAACCACCGUGUUCAGUACCUGCACCAAGGAUACCACCGUGUUCAGUACAUGCACCGAACCAACCACCGUAUACACCACUUGUACCGUCACCGAAAAGACCACUGUAUAUGAGACCUGCACCAAAACCGUGCACUAAUUGGGGUCUCUUG